AUGGCGACAAUGGGAGAGGAUGUUUACUGUACGCUUGUUAUGAGCGACAACUACCUCAAAGGGGCUGCGGUGCUCGCCCACUCGUUACGAGAUGCUGGAACCAAGAAGAAACUGGCCGCGCUCAUUACGUUGGACACACUAUCGGCAGCCACGAUUGCCGAGCUUAAGGAACUAUUCGAUUAUCUAAUUACGGUCGACCGCAUUCGCAACCCAAAUCCCAAAAACCUGUACCUUAUGGACCGCGCUGAUCUUUCUUUUGCGUUCACAAAAAUAUACCUCUGGCGGCAGACUCAGUUUAGAAAGAUCGUCUAUCUGGAUGCAGAUAUCGUGGCGCUCAGGGCUCCAGACGAAUUAUUCGAGAUUGACGCACCCUUUGCCGCAGCCCCUGAUGUAGGCUGGCCAGACGCUUUCAACUCUGGGGUCAUGGUCCUGACACCAGAUAUGGGCGAGUAUUGGGCGCUGCAGACUAUGGCAGCGUCCGGCGACAGCUUCGACGGAGCAGAUCAAGGCCUGUUGAACCAAUACUAUGAGCAUAGAGACUGGCAGCGACUCUCGUUCACGUACAAUACUACUCCCAACGCGCAAUAUCAGUGGGAGCCGGCCUAUCGUCAUUAUAAGAGAGACAUCAAGAUGGUACAUUUCAUCGGAAAGCAGAAGCCCUGGAUGAAAGCGCGGCAGUCAGCGUCUGGACCUGGAGUAUAUAAUGAGCUUUUGAGCCAUUGGUGGGCUGUAUACGACCGGCAUUCGAAGCCCCCUAUUGCGCCCCCGGCUUCACACACUGUAGCGACGGCCAAAGAAAGCGAAUCGGAUGACACCAGUAAGGAACGGGCUAACGUCCAAUCCGAACCUGUAGUACUCUCGCCCCAUGAAGCAUCGCCAGAGGGUGAUGCGCCACCUUCUAUAGAAGAGCCACUGCCGAAUCCUUCUGACAACGCAGAAGUGCUAACCGAUGACUUACGGGAGGAGCGUUCUGAACCCAAGCCUCGCGAGUUUUCAGCCCCACAGAUGGAAUGGGAUGCAACCAGAUCCGCCCCGCCAGCCGAGUCUAGGCCGGAGGCCAUGGAUUUCCCCGUCCAGCAGUAUACCUUCAACGACAGCAGGCAAUUGUUUCAACCACCCAAGUCAUAUCCGGAACCGCCUAAAGAUAUGUGGUAUGAGGUCCCGCAGGAAAAACCAGCCGCAGAAGAACGACCUAAACCCAUUUUUCCGUGGGAGAAAGAUCGUAUAGUGCCUAAGGCAACUCGUGUAUUUGCAGACGACCAACCGUCACCUCAUUCGACGCCAUGGCAGUCUUUAUCGAUGACAUCUGAACUUGAGGUCGACGCGGUGCCAUCGGCUUCUUCGACAACCCAUAAAUCUUCCACAGAGACGUGGCAGUCGUUCAACAACCGAUCUGUGAAUGCCUGGGACGCGGUGCCAGGUAUAGAGAACUAUAUUCGCUCCGUUAUGGAACAACAGUCUCCAAGGAAGAACAAGUCAAUGGCGAUCCAGAUACCUUCAACCGAAGGUCAGAUAUUAUCACCGCCGCUUGAUACCGCACAGCGCAGAGAGAGCCUGAUUUUAACUGAUUUCCCAACAGCUAUUGAGCGACCGAGUCUGCCAGUCACGCCGGCUCCCAUACGAAGACCGACAUUCUGGGGUGAAGAGAGAGAUGAGACUGGAGCACUACCAGCUGCAGACGGAGUGCCAGAUCAGACCGACUGGGUACGUGAAAAGCUGUUUGUUUGUCCUCAGUGCGGUUUUACAUCUCAUGAAUCCUCCUUCAACGCAUCGAAUCCACCACUCUUUGAUUCUGCCAACGUUGUGUCUCGUGUGACCACAGUUGAGCACGCCCCUGAUGUUUCCACUGAACCAGUUUCAGUUGCGAUUGAAGAAGUGGAAGCACCUGGCAUUGCACAGAAUGAGGAUGCCUUCGAAUCAGAAGGCUCGAGUCCGCCAACAUCACCGCAGCUUCUACCACUCAGCUUGCACCCUCCACCUGCUUAUCAUUAUUAUACCCUCCCCGAACAUUUGCGUCCUGUAUCCAAGCUUGCACCCAGUCUACGACUCAAUUCCCAUCAGAUUUGA